UCUGGAACACUGGGCGCGCUCGUUCUAGAACGGUCUCCCAACCGCUCCGCUCCGCUCCGCUAAGCACCCCGUGCUCACGCUCGUGACGGGCGGUUGGCGAUACGUCACGAGAGAACGGGGAAAACACGCGAUGUUUUGGGGGAGACAGUAGUGUGUGUGUUCGAAAACGUUAGAGUUAACUGAUUUAACUGUUUUAACCGUUUAGGGUUUCUGUCCUUUUUUUUGCCGGCCACUGCAGCUAGGUAACACUAUAAUCUAUAUAGUGGUCCGACGAGGGAGUUUAAUUGCUAAAAACGGUAGAGAUGCAGCCUGCAACAGCUAAGUGGUAUGACAGACGGGACUCUGUGUUUGUGGACUUCUGCGUGGAGGACAGUAAAGAUGUGCAAGUAAAAUUUGACAAGUCCAAAUUUGAAUUCAGUUGUGUCAGUGGAACAGAUAAUAUGAAACACCAGAAUACAGUGGACCUGUUUGGAGAGAUUGACCCCAAAGGAUCCAAACACAGACGCACUGACAGGUCUGUGUUGUGUUGUUUACGAAAAGCAGAGGCUGGGAAAUCAUGGCCCCGACUUACCAAAGACAAGACAAAGAACAACUGGCUGAGUGUGGAUUUCAAUAAUUGGAAAGACUGGGAAGAUGACUCAGAUGAGGACUUGUCAAGUUUCGACAAAUUCUCAGAGGUAAGCAUGUUGAACCUGCACAGCAGCAGUGUGAGAAUAUCCAGCUUCACUGUAGUGUUGAUUGUUGUCUCCUGUGCAUUUCUACAGAUGAUGAACAGCAUGGGAGGGGAUGAUCUACCCGAUGGUGCAGAUGAAGAGCAUGAUUCUGCAGACAGCGAUGAUGAAAAAAUGCCUGACCUUGAGUAGAUGAAUAUGGAUGCUGCCUCAGUAGUAAACAAAGUGAGUUAUAAGUCUGUUGAAGAGAGACAAGACAAUGGUUGGCAGCCAUGUUGGAGAAGAAACCUCAUCUCUCUACUCAGUUUCCAAAGUGAAAUCCCUCAAGGGAGUGAACAGGGAGUGACUGUUGGAUACAGACGUGCACAGAGAUCCAUAGCGACAUACAGUGCUGUGCUUUGCUGUUCUGUUCUGCAUGGACAAUUAUGUUCAAAUGAAAAUGUUAUUGUUCAUUGACUUAAAUGACUGUAAUGGGAUGUUCUGAUGUCUUACACCUUCUCUCUCUCUUUUUUUUUUUUUUGCGAUGUCAGGUUAUGUAUUAAACAUUGUGAUUUCUAAUGAAGAAAAAAAAUUCAAAAUGCAUAUUUUCCAAAAAAAAUAGAUUUUUUUAAUGACAGAUUUCCCCUUUAAUGUUUGUAUUGUAAAUUGCACUUAUUUUGUUUGUUAAUUUAAAAAAGCAGGAGUACUGCUUGAAAUGGGUUUUCCAGUGUAUGCCAACAUCUGCAGAUAUUUAACAAUUUCAUUUUUUAAAACAUUUCAGCAUUUAAAAUAAACAUAUGUUUGUGCAACUUACAACUUGUGUUGAGAUUAUGGUAUUGGAGGGGUACAAUGUUUGCAUGUAGUCAUAUCUUUGCAAAGGUGUGUUUGUUUCUCCAUGCCAGUGUAUAAAACAUUGCACAUUGUAGCAAGUACAAAAAUACAUUUUCUUCCAGAGGUGAGUGCAGAAAUCCUUUGUAGGCUACUAAGAGUUUCCCAAAUAGUUUAAAACUGCAGUAGGUAACUUAUUUAAAACAUUACUUUUUGUCAUAUUUGCUGAAACGUUACCUAUAUCUUGACAGUAGUACAUGAGACACAAUCAGUGAAUAAAACCGGUUCCUCUGGCUCUUCCUUUUCCUCUUAAAGGCGUUUGUGUAAACAAUCAAAGCUGAGAAAGAUAGCUGAUUGUUGAGUCUUAUUUCCAUGUUUGCAAGUACCGACAAUGCACAUGAGACUCAGCAAUUAAUCACCUUCAAGCCACCAACUUAAAGUGUCUUUCCAUGUUUCUUGGCUAUGAUUGUUAUUUUUCCUGUUGUCUGAGGCAUGUUCUUGCAAAUUCAAUAAGAAGUGCUAAAAUGGGUCAGACGAACCUGUUUUUUCCACAGAUUAUUUGUCUCGUGUACUACUGUCAGGAUAAAGUAGGAUAAACGUUUCAGCAAAUGUAACAAAAGUGAUUUUUAGAAAAGUUAAAUAAUACCAGUUAUAAAUGUUUGUCAGUCAGAUAUACUAGAAGUAUGCUUUGGAGGCUUGUGUGUUUAACACUUUUGCAUUUGUCUUGUGGGAUUUUGGGUUUCUAAUAAACUGUUUCAGACCAUUGAAUACGA